GGCUGAAUCAAUUACGUCGGCCGUAGUCCUCUCUGCCUUGCUGGGCUUUCCUCUGAGUGAGCUGGAUUCCAAAGGCCGUGUGUGUGUGGUGCUCGCAGGGUAAGGAUUUUAUAAACGUGCUCACUCACGGUUGUUGUCAGUACCGGCGGAGGGCGAGCCGACAAGACCCAUCGUCAUCAUCAUUAUUAUCAUUAUUUUUUAUUGCGAUAGUCGUCCAAUUGGAUAGUUCAGAACGCUGGGCUGUCCUUCAAUUGAAUGCCAGAAGAACAACAAGAAGAAGACGACCUUUCCAUCCAAGGUAGAAAGUCAGGCCGUAUUUUGGGGUUUGGGCGGCGGUGGCGUCUAAUGAUAUUCAUCGGGGCCAGUAGUGCGUAGUUGCUUGCGGCAAAAGCCACAUUCACAUUUGAAAGAGCAACCAUGGUUCUCAAAUUCGGAUCAUAAAGAAGACCUUCAUAUUUGCAUAUCUAUAUUUACCUUUGCGGAGGCCAGCCCUUCAAAAUGGCCGUUAUGAAGACUUUUUGCGGGUGUAUGACUACCCGGUCGGGGGCCAUGACCGUUCUUCUUCUAUUUUUGGGUGCAUAUUUGGCGGGUAUUAUCCUCUGUAGCAUUCAACUGUCGGGUGACGAGUUCCACAACUGGUACAACACCGAGAUAGCCAAGGACGAGAGCAAUUGUCUGACUGGUGAGCACAAGGACUCAUGGUGGUGUCAUCUUAUCCAAGACACCAAGUCAGAUAUCAAUGCAGUGCUCAUAGUAGGCAUCAUUCUAUGCUCUCUUUUGUUCUUGGGGGUGAUUCUCGCCAUCUUUGGGAUUUCCAAGGGCAACGCUUGGUUGAUGGUACCAUGGAUCUCCAUGAAGUUUGCCGUACUCAUGAUCGGAGCCGUCCUCUUUGGCUUGUCCAUCAUUCUGAUGAGCGUUUAUUGGCCAGUGAAUGAGGAUUCAAGCUCUAUCAUUGCCGUCGGGAUCAUAGGAUCCGCCACUACAGCAUUCCUGUUCUACGUUUGGCUUUGCGUGGUGAGUCAUUUCCAAUUGCUCCGGGAACUCGACAAAUUGGGACUGUCCUCCUUGGAACACGUGGAGCCGUUCCAUAACGAGGACGGCGACACCAUCGUGGACGAGAACGAGGAUGAUUAUCCAACGAAAUCGAACCUGGACAACCCAAGCGAUGAGGCCUACAACCCACAAGACGAGAACCCAACCUUAACGGAUACGGUCUCGCUUGAGGAUGCCGUGAUCGACGACUUUGAGGUGGCCGAGAAACACAUUGAGUGAGACCUGACGUCACUUGUUCAUCCUGGUCCAUUUUAGACGCUUGUGUAUGCAUUUUGGUAUAUAUAUACCAGUCAUUGAGCUUGUACAUACCCUCUCUCAGUCUCUCUUUCGUAAUCGUAUUGUACUACAAAUACCUAUACCUACUAUAUACGUGUAUAUCCUGAAACUAUCAUGAAUUGCGAGCAAUAAAUAUUCAUGUAUUCUUUUUG